AUGGAGCAGAUCCUCCUGAAAGAUAUGUCAAAACAUAUGGAAGACAGGGAGGUGGUUAAGGACAGCCAACGUGGCUUUACCAAGGGCAAGUUGUGCCUGACUAAUCUAGUGGCCUUGUACGAUGGAGUGACUGCAUCAGUGGGCAAGGGAAGAGCCAUAUGUGUCAUCUACCUGGACUUCUACAAGGCCAUUGAUACAACUCCCCACAACAUUCUUACCUCUGAAGUGGAGAGAGAUGGGUUUGAUGGAUGGACUACUGUAAGAUGGCACAUUGAACUACAACCAUGGGCAAGUCCAACUCCUUCCCUCAACUACGAGGCCCUGAGGUUCCUGAAGUACAUUAGCACUUCUCAGAUUUCAUGUGAGCACAUGAACCUGAACAGCCUGAGAGGGUACUCUGAAACCGCAAAGAAGCCCUGGUCGAUCUGUCUUGAUGAGAGAUUUAGCCUCAUUCAUCGAAUCAGAAGCAAGCAAUGCCGUCUCUAUUCCCUUGGGCUAGGCAAUGAUGACAACCAGUUUGAGAUCAGCAUGGCCAACAGUGGAUGUGAAGUGCAUCGCUUUGACCCCAGCAUCAAGUCAGCACACAUUCAGGAGGGUCGACACCUCUGGUAUCAUCGCCUGUCCAUUGACUGGAGGGAUCCCAAUCCAGCCAUAGCUGCUCAUAAACUUCACAGCAACACCAAGAAGCUGGGCACGAUAUUGAAUGAAUUUGGACAUCAGAAGAUUGAUGUCCUCAAGGCAGAUGUGGAGAGCGCCGAGUGGAAAAUUUUGGAAAACCUGAUCCUGGAAGAUGUUGUUGAGCAGAUAGGACAGCUGGUCUUUGAGGUGCACAUCCACUGGCCUGGGUUUGAGGUCAGCGGCAAUGACAGCACCGUGGUGCGGUACUGGUACAGCCUGCUCCGAGAACUGGAGCUGAAGGACUUCAGGCUUUUCCAUACCUACAAAGACUUAUCAAAACCACAGAUGUUUCUGAAAAAGGAAGCCUUCAACGCCAGUAGCUGCUACACACUGAGCUGGGUAAAUACAAGAUGGAAAUAG